GGAGUAGGUGUUGUGGUCGUGUGCGAGUGUCUUCGUCUAGGAAAUGAUACCAUUUCCCUUUUUCUCUAGCGUUUCGUUGCGCUUUAUUACAUAAUUCAUUAAUGCUAUAUUUUUUUGGCCUAAAAAAACCAUUUUAGUGAACAGAUAGUUUCUUGUGAUUUCUUCUCGUAAAUUAUUUCGUUGUGUGGUUGUGCAAGGAUUUACUUCGGCGUGCCUUUCAACUAUUUCUUCGCUUUUCUGUAAAAGUUCAAAGAUUGCGACAGUUUCGGAGCAACAUUUUGCGAUGUGCAGCCGAAACAUAACGCGGUAGUGCAAGUCAUGGCCUCGUAAGAAAAGUAUACUGUACGUUUAAAUUUGGUGGUGAGUGUGUGAGGUCGCGAUGGGCGCGUCGGGCGGCUCUGACGAGUACACGCCUCCGCGUCUCUCGCGGCUGCUGCACGCGGUGCCGCACAUCAACGUGACCCUGCACCGUGUCAACGACACCUUCGCUCCAGACUCGCCAGUUUACCUCGAGAGCCUGGGAAUUAUCGGUUCUAUACCCGGCGCUUGGCUUAUACUGACUCUGCUCGUGCUGUUGAUUUAUCUGCUGACUAGAUGCUGCGACAGGAAACAACGACCGCCCAAGAGUAUCACAGCUCUGAAGAUAACUCUGAUGUUCCUAUCGGUGUUGUGUUGCGGUGCGAUCGGAGUUGGUCUCUUCGGUAACGACGACCUCCACAACGCCAUGCUGCAGAGCAUCCAAGCCGGGAACCAGCUGGCCGCCCUCGUCAACACCGUUAAAAACCAACGGCUGUGGGUGUGGGAGGCGGCUCGCUGGGGCGGCGGCAUGGCGGGCUGGUGCUGCGGCGGCGCGGUCUGCGUGGCGCUGCUGGCGGCCGCGGCCCGGCGCUCCCGGAGAGCCCUGCUGCUCCUCUGCGUGUGCGCGCUGGGCGGGCUGGUGUCGUGCUGGGCGGGCGCGGCGCUGCUGGCGGCGGGCGCGGUGUCGGCGGCGGACGCGUGCCUCGACCCCGCCGCCGCGCUCGCGCACCACGCGCCGCACCGCCUCUCGCCCGACAUGGUCCACUACUACCUGUCGUGCAAGGUGUCCCGCGAGAACGUCCUGACGGCUGAGCUGCGGAACGCCCAGCGCGCCGUGGUGGCGGUGCGGCAGGCGCUGGCCGUGCUGACCCGGGGCGCCCCGCAGCUCUUCAACGACCCCGGUCUGCAGCCAGCCCUCGGAGCCCUGGGCGCCGGUACCGGGGAGGCCGAGCGUGCACUAGUGUCGCUGAGCGGAGCCCUAGAGUGCCGCAUGGCCAGAGCUUACUUCGUGGCAGGAGCACGCGCGGCUUGUGAUGCUGGAUUACAGGCAUUAACCCUCCAGUUGUUGGCGGCGGUGGCGGCCGGUUUCCUCUUCACUGCAAUCGUCCUGGUCGAUUCUCACGCUUGGAUCUAUAUCAACACAAAACGCAGCGGCACCGGCGAGGAGCAGGCUCCGUUCCUGUCGUCGGGCUCCAGUGCGGCCACGCGCUCCCUGCCGCGACCCGCCCCCUUCCCCAACGGGAAACCCCCUUCGUACAGCGCCGCCGUGCAGCUCAUGGACUUGACCCUGGCCGACUCGCACCGUCCCAGUUCCCCGUGUGGCGGCAGGUCGCGAAUGUCCGGCAGCGCCACCCUGGGUCGCGGGGCCACGGGGGGCGGGGCGGGGGCCGCGGCGCUGGGCGGGGCCGCCACCCUGGGUAGAGCGCACAACGGCAAGUACGCGACCCUCAGCAAGCAGUGCAAGACGCUGGAGAGCAACGACUUCUACUGAGACCGGCCCGGCGGCGGCGCGCUCCCCCCGGAACACAACGCCGCUACUAUGGGUCGAGCGACCAGCUUGAAUCGCUUCGACCCUAAGUACGCGUCGUUCGGUCCCCGCGCGUCCCGCCCCCGCCCCGCGGCCCCUACCCCCUCUCUCGCUACUUUCUCUCCCGCACCUACUGCUCCUACUCCCUCUUCUGUUCCCGUUCACCCCUCCACUGGCUCCACUCACGCGCCAGCUGCGGACAAGUACGCCACGGUGAGACCUUCGCGCCGCCCCGAGCCGCAGCCCCUCUCCGCCGCUGCGCUCGAGUACCGCUCUCUGCAGCGUCCGCGCCGUACCCAGCCCGCCGCCCCGCACCGGCGCCGCGACCAGCGGGAGCCGCGCGAUCCCCGCGAUGCACGCGAGACCCGCGAUGUGCGC